AUGAAGAAAUCCGCGGCGCUCAGGCAAGUCUGGGAGGAAAACUUCUACAGGGAGCAGGAGUUCAUCAGGCAGGUGGUCCUUCGCCACAACUACGUCACAGUCGCCACUCGAGUCAUUCCCCUCCCGACGGCGCCCAGCCCCGCUUCCUCCCCCGCCGGCGCCACCCUUCCCACCUCGGAUGAGAACUACGCCUUCUUCCGCCAGCGCGCCAAUGCCAUGAGGCUGCUGCAGCUUGGCCUCACCUUCUCAGACGAGGGCGGCAACCUCCCCAAGGACCCCAUGACAGGCGAGAGGUACACCUGGGAGUUCAACGUCAAGGUGGCGAAGUCUAUGGACGAGAUCGACGCCGUCUUCCGGCAGCACCUGACGGAGAAGGGCAUGGACGUCGACUACAACAUGAAGAACGCCAUCCACCCGGACGUGCUGUGCAUUGGCUUGUGGUGCAUGGAUACGCUCAUGAAGGAGCGCAUCCGUUGGGUCGUCUUCAGCGGUUGGGCCGCCUUCAGCCCGCUGCUCAACAUCAUGAGAGCGGAGGAGCAGCUGCCGGAGCGGCGGGAGGCAUUCCUGGACUUGGUGAAGUUGUAUUUCCCGAAGUUCUACGAAGUGAGGCAGCUGAUGUCAGGCUGCGGCCUGUCGGGAACGCUGGAGGAGACGGCGAACGUGCUGGGCGCGGGCGUCACCGACGGUGAGAUGUUCAACCAGGCAGGGCCCGACAGCCUGCUCACGCUGCUGGUGUUCCUGGGGCUCAGGAAAAGGCAUUUUGGGCGGGGAAUACCGGAAGAGCAAGCCAACUUGAUCAUGUCCAUCAGUUAA